AUGCCAUCUCCCAUACAAAUCCCACGAUCAUGUUACCCAGUACUGUUGGUCACAGCCAUCCUCUUGUUCAGGUCUGCCUCGGCGCUUUUCGAGUUACCAAACGGCGCGACGGAAUCGCUAUCUAAAGGCGAUUCGAUCUACGAGGAUGACAAGGCUAACACUGUGGUGCGUUUCCUGAAAGAUGGCGCCACCAGCAAUGUUGAUUUCGGUGAUGAAUUGGCGCACAACGAAGAGAGGGGAUUCUUAAGGGACAUAUUCUCCACGAUGGCGAUUAAGACCGGCAUGCGGGUCUCUUUGCAUAUGGAAAAGAGCCCACACCAGGUACUCAAGGAGCUAGUCCGCACACGCAAGUGGCUAUCUGAGAAGACCGUGCUUCUUUGGCUGAAAGAUGUCCUACAGUACAGAAAAAAGAUGGACGACACCGUGUUUACUGACAAGAGGGUUAUUGAAAGCUUAUCCAAGGCCAUGCCAGGGGUGGCAUUGGGUCCUUUUCUUAAAUCGAUCGAGAAGAAUUCGAACCUAAAAAGCUUCGUGCAGGACUUGCAGAAGGUAACGUAG